AGGAAAAAAAAAACACUAAAAACCCUUUUGAAUGGACCUUCGAUUCCAAUCCCUAAUCUCCAGCAAUGUUCCGAUUGAUCACCAGAAAUCUAUCAACAAUUCAAACUAAAAACCCUAGAAAUCCAACAGCACCAUCCCCCAAUUCCAAUCCCCUCAAUUCCUCCUCCAUUGCAUCCUACCUCAUCGACUCCUUUGGCAUCUCGCCGGAGAAGGCCUUCGCCGCUAUCAAGAAGCUCAACUGUCGGUGCAAGCUCGAUAUCAAGAGCGACAAGAUCAAAGCCAGGCGUGAUCUCAACGCCGUCCCCUCCUUCUUCGCCUCCAAUGGCUUCACCAAGGACCAGAUCUCCAAGAUCAUCACCAAGUUCCCCCGAAUCCUACUCUGCCGUCCUGAUCGAACGCUCAAGCCUAAGAUUGAUUUCUUUCUUGGCGCCGGCUUCUCCCGUAGCGACUUGGCGAGGCUCAUGUCCGAUGAUGUGGAGAUCUUGCAAGCGAGCUUGAACAAGCGGAUCAUCCCAUUUUUCGAUUUUUUGAAGACGAUCCUAUAUUCGGACAAAGAGGUCAUUGCUGCCUUGAAGCAAACCCCACGGUUGCUUCACUACUCUGCUGAGAAGAGGAUUUCGCCCAACGUCGAGACUCUGCGCGGUUUUGGCAUGCCGGAGCACAGGAUCUACACGCUCUCAAAGGCUCAUACGAGGAUACUCCUCUGUGAAACCGAUCGGUUUCGUAGAUCGAUCGAGAGAGUCAGAGAUCUGGGUUUCAAGGUGUCAGAUUACUCGUUCGCCGUGGCGCUUCAAUGCGUCUCCUGGUUGAGCGCUGCUACUUGGGAAGGAAAGGUGGUGGCUCUCAUGAGCUUUGGGUUGUCUGAAGACCAGAUCCUUUCGGCUUUUAAAAAGAAACCUGCUGUUAUGAUCAUUUCUGAAGAUAAGCUGAAGAGAAACAUGAGCUUCUUUGUGAGCAGGGUGAAUUGGUCGCCGGAGUAUGUGGUUUCGGAGCCGCGUCUGCUUGGCUUCAGCCUUGAGAGAAGGCUUUUGCCAAGGACUUUGACUCUCGAAGUUCUGUUGUCCAAUGGUCUGAUUAGUGAUAAAUCUUUCAAUCAUCGGGUGUUUGUUAUGAAUGAAAGCAGGUUUUUUGAGAAGUAUGUGAUGAGGUAUCAGGAGGAGCAUCCUCAAGUGCUGGAGGCCUACCUGGCUGCGCUGAAACAACAGCAUUAGAAGGAUGAGGCUGCUGGGGGCAUUGGAUUUUUCAAGCGUUCUGCUUCUUCACUUGACCAAGUGAAGAUUUUGAAAGCAUCUCCUGCUGUUGAGAUGAUAUUGUACAGAAUGUACCAGGCUGACGGUGGUUCAUUCUAGUGAACUCUUUGACUUGCAAAAGUUCAAUCUUUGCAAAUAAGAUAAUUGCCCCUCUUUAUGCUUGUAGAAAAGCCAUUCAAGUGACUAAUAAAAAUGAUAGGAUUGUUGCAGAUUGUGAGCGGUGCAAAUUAUUUCCAGACUGGGAAAAUGCUUAGUGAAACUAGCUUGAUCUAACAGAUUAGCUUUUGUGCUUGUUGAACGGGGUGAAGACUGGUAAUUGGUGUUUAUUUUUUGUGCUUAGAGUCUGAAUACACUGGGGAAUGUGAAUGCUGCUGAUUCAUGUCUAAUUUUAACCACUUUGUUUUGUGUGGUGCAAAAACUGAUCUUACUGAGCUUCAGGAAGGAAUGUCGCGAGGAACAGAUUGGUGCUAUGUUUGCAGAACUCAUUCAUUGCGAAGAAUUGAUGCAAAUUUUUAAUUUAUGAUCAUAUUUUAUUCUUUUGGCUCUAUAAAUGAUAUUUGUCUCAGUAUGCCUAAAAAUAUGAAGCCAUCGCUUUAUCAGCCUUUUGUCAAUAAUCAGUUCCCAUCAACAUAUGAAACCAUUUUACAUAAAUUUUGAUUAAAUUCUGUAGGUAUGUUACAUUUUACUAUAGAGCUGUUAAUGCAUGCACACAAGAGUGUAAGACCAGAACACUCAGGUUAAUCUUACAAAUGAAUGCAUUCAUGGACCAUUCUUUUGGUUAAAGGGACUAGAUCAUUAUAGUACAUUCCCUUGUUAAUGCCUUGUCUAUUUGAACUCCCGGUUUCUGGAGAAGUCAGUUGGUGUUAUGUUUCUCAGAGGUAUUGAAUUUUGUUAAGAACAGAGAGGGAUGAAUACACUGUAUGUUAUUUUCCUCUGUUGCAAUCACAUGUGGGACUAUAACCAUACAUUCUCCUUGAGAUAUGUCAUGGAUGAUGAUAGAACAAUGUUCUGUGCCAACAAUGAUGAGAUGCAAUAUUUUGUCAUAUGUUUACCCUCUUAGGUAUAUAAGCUAAUGUACUUUGUAUCCAAUGUCCUCAUUGAUUCUUGUCUGUGGUCAGUCUUGAUAACAACACUGAUUUGGGAUUCUGCUGCUAUAUUUAUUCAAUAUGAUAAAUUAGUUGAAUGAGGCAUCAGCAUAUAUUUUGGUUGCUAGUUGCUUGCUCAAUCUCUCUUGUUUUUGCUUUGCAGUAGGGAAUGAAAAUGCAUGUUUAACUUGCUUGUCAUUUGUUAGCAUUUCAGCUCGAAAGCCACCAGAAACAUGAGGUGAAAAUAUCCUUCUAUGUAAGUUCUUCAAAGGCAAGCUUUUGAUGUGAGUUCUCAUUAGAAGAUCUUGUGAUCUAGAAAUGAAAUCUGCAGCAGAAAAAUAAAAUAGGAAAGAAAGGCGAUGAGAGAACAGAAGCAACACGAUGGCACUGCAUGACAUCUGGUAAGAAUGGUUCCAAGCUUUCAGCAUCAUAGCAUUUCACUUCUUGAUUCAAAAUGGAGCAAUGUACAUUGUGGAGACAUAUUAGCAUGAGUUGCACCGAUAUGGAAUUCUAAUAGGCUCUUGUUUAAUCUAGUUGAAGUGAUCGAUCAUCUGACAAGUUCAGAGGUUUUUUAGUUUUGCCUGGUGCACCGAAUUUUCUGUGCCUUGGUUGUACAUGUUUAAUUUGAUCUUGCAUAACUUCAGAUUUUGUUUGGCUUUUAGUAUAUAGUUGGCAGGUGUAUCAAGAUAACAAUGUUGUCUAGUGAAUUGAUUUGCAUUUGUAUUAAA